AUAAUGAAUAUGAUAAAACAAUCAAACAAAAAAAUUAAACUAAUUAAAAUAAUAAUUACGGAAAAUUCGAAAAACAUUCCGAAAAAUAAUAACAUUAGAAGAAUAUCUCCAAUAUGAUCAUACCUAUAUUUUCUUUUUAUUAAAUUGUUUCUCAUUCUUAUAUUGGUCCGUCCCUUCUUCACAAACUGUGGCACAAGAAUUUCAUUGCAUUGUGUCAAUAAAACUUAAGAUUAUCCCUUUUCCAGUGUCCUGUGGUACCCGGGGUCGUGUAAAAGCUCCUUGUAACAAACAAUCUUCAACAAGAUAUCAGAACUUUUCAUAUACAUAUGCAUGACUGUGCUCUGCUUUGAUUAUUGCAUAGGAAAUAAUACACGUAAGUUUUUAAUAGGCACACUUCCGGUAAGCUGGGGCUAGGGACCGUAAUGUCCCUGCGCAGAUACUGUAUUUAGGAGGAGGUACAAUACGUGACUGAAACUUCUGAGAUUCGCACAAGUGAGUUCAGUCGCAUCCCCGAAGCCGACCGAGUCAGCGCGCGAUGUACAGCUGGGGAGACGGCUCGCGUGGGCAUCUUGGGCUUCGCCUGCAAGGCGCUGGCACAGUAGUGGCGGUGCCCCAAGAACUCGCUGACUUCCCCGAACAGGUGACACAAGUAGCCGCUGGAGAAUCCCAUACCCUGAUUCUCAGCAAUAGCGGGAAGGUUUGGACAUGCGGGCGCAACUCAUCGGGACAAUUGGGAAGACGAAGAGGAACGAACAAUGUCCCAGUGGCACUGGAUAGGCCAGAGAGCGCAGUGGGCGUGGCCUGCGGACAGGAGCAUUGCCUAGCACUGUGUAAGUCGGGAGAGGUGCUGGCAUGGGGGCGUGGCAGCGAAGGCCAGCUGGGGACCGGACGCUUUGAUAAACAACUGAAGCCAAGGAUAAUACGUCUUACCGUGUCACCAAGUAUGCCUACACCUGUAAUUCAAGUUGCAUGCGGAAAAUAUCAUUCCCUGGUCCUGACUAAGGAGGGUGAGAUGUUUUCUUGGGGGAGGAACGGCUAUGGACAGCUAGGCCUUGGCAGGGCUAUUUCCACACAGGCUGUUCCCUCUCGGGUCCUCUCUCUUAUUGGAGUGCCAGUGAUCCAGGUUUGCGCAGGAGGAGAGUACAGCUUUGCCAUCUCCCUCUCUGGGGAGAUUUACUGCUGCGGUGCCAACAAUGUUGGCCAACUGGGCCUCAACAGGGUGGACGAAAAUGGAAGAUUCACUGUAUGUGCAGUUCCUGCUCUUAGAGCCCUUAGCGUGUGCGACGUGAGCUGUGGAGAAGCCCAUUCCGUGGUCCUCACCAAGGAUGGGGAUGUGUUCACCUUUGGAGAGGGGACGCAUGGUCAGCUUGGACACAACUCCACGAAUAAUGAGCUGAGACCCAGGAAGGUGGAGGGCUUAGAGGGUGGUGCUAAACAGAUCGCAUGUGGCAGCCAUCACACUCUGGUGCUCAUGGCAUCCGGGCACCUGCUGGCCUUCGGGAAUGGACCGGCGGGUCAGCUGGGGACCGGGCGGACAGAGAACCAGCUGCAGCCCACCCCUGUGGAACAAACCUGGAGAUCCACUGGAGCGUCUGCAGAUACUGACAUGAAGAUAGCAGCGGGUUGGAAUGCAAGUUUCAUUUACUCUGCACCACCUGAGGAACCUGUCAAACACAUUUGCGAGAAGCUGCAGCGAUGGUUUCCACUGACUCCAGAGAGCACUGACCCAGGGCACGUGGAAAGGGAUCCUGCCCUUAUCUUUUCAUCAAGUUCUGCUCUGGUCGGCAGUUUCCUUAGAGAGAGAGAAUCUCCUUCGCGUGGCCCAUCUUCUGUUGACCUACAUGCUGCCAGACGGGUCUUCACCCAAUUGCAGGGCAGUCGCUGGAUGGAGGCUGCUGUGAACUUGGUCUCCGACCUUUGUCUGCAUUCAAUGCACAUGAGAUCAGUGGAGAUCUUCCUCAUAUUGCCUGAAUGUCAGCUGUUCCAGAAUGACCACAACAUCAUUGCCUUUAUCCAGCCACUGGCACGAUCCAUCAUAAAUUUACCUGAAUCGUCAAUCAAACGGCUGAGAAUCCUGUGGUCCGAUUUGGAGCUGGAGUCAUUCAAGAAACACCUUGGCAUGUGGAGACAUGCCCUGUCCUUUCUGCUGAAGACUAACCUGCUUUAUGCAUAUAAUACAAUUGUGAAAGACUUACUUCAGAUUCUGAAGGAAAUGUACAAAGUAAAUAAAAACAGAAAAGCAUCUCAGACUGUUCCUGCUAGUGAAUUCCAUUUACUGGACCUGAACCCCCCUGUUUUGAUCGAGGACUUGCAGUUGUGGUGUCUUUUGAAGAACCAGGAGGAGACCCCGGAGACUCCAGCCAUUUUCUGCCGCUUUCCAUUCGUUCUGGACCUGCAGAGAAAGACCUUUCUCUUCCAAUAUACUGCAGCCGCGAUUAAGCAUUUCCUGAGGAACCAGAUGUGGCCCAAUUUGACGCCACCACUGUAUCUCCCGCUCCGCCGCUUCGCACUCGUCGAGGACACAUUCCAGAAACUCGGCACCAUCGACCACGAGAACUUCAAGAAGGAUCUUGCGGUCAAGUUUGUGGAGAAGGAAGAUUCAGAGCUGACACUUCUGGACCGAAAGGACUUCUUCCUUCAUAUCUUCAAGGAGCUGUGUUUGCCGGAGUCUGGAAUGUUCCGGACCAAUGAUUCAGAAACGUUGCUGUGGUUCCCUGUGAAGCCCACGCAACCAAUGAAAAGGUACUUCCUGUUUGGGGUCUUGUGUGGACUAGCUGUACACAACAACAACACUGUGUACCUACCAUUUCCACAAGCUCUUUUUAAGAAGCUGUUAAAUGCAAAACCCACAUUGGAGGACCUGAGAGAACUCAGCCUUGAAAUCGCGAGUACUUUGAAGAACAUCUUAGAGGACAGAGAUGAUGUCGGAGCAAUGGACCUGCCCUACUCAGCGAGCUGGGAUGGUGUAACCGUGGAACUGGAUCCCACUGACAAAGAAAAAUCUAUCACCAAUGCCAACAAAUAUAAUUUUGUCAGGGACUAUGUUGAUUACAUCUUCAACAAAUCAGUGGAGACGAUCUUUGGGGAGGUCAAGAGAGGCUUCUUCACGGUUUGUGACGUGGACUUGGUGGAGCUCUUCCAGCCUCGCGAACUGAUGGAGCUGAUGGUGGGGAACGAGGAGUAUGACUGGGAGAAAUUCAGACAGAACUCAGUGUAUGAGGGAGCGUACGAGUUAAACCACCCCUACAUAAAAAUGUUCUGGGAGGUGUUUGAGGAGCUGUCAGAAGAUGAGAAAAAGACCUUCUUCUUAUUUCUGAGGGGAUCUGAGCGAGUGCCAAUCCUGGGGAUGGCGCAGGUACAAAUGAGGGUUCAGUGCCGCCCUGAGUGGACUGAGGACCACUCCCCAGAGGCCCUUACAUGCCACGACCUUCUGUUUCUGCCCAUCUAUCCUACAAAGGAGAUGCUGAAGACCAAGCUCAUUCAUGCCAUCAGGCACGACAAGGACUACUGGAAGGACGAGUUGGCAGCUCGGACUUAAUUCAUUCACUUUCCAAGCACAUCGUUUUCCCCAGGAUUUGCUCCUUAGAUCAGUGUUUCUCAACCCGGUCCUCGGGGGCCCCCAGCGGUCCAUGUUUUUACUCCCUCCCAGCUCUCUGCCAGACAGUCCAAAAUGUUGAUCCCUCUGGGAGGGAGCAAAAACACGAACUGUCUGGUAGUUCCCAAGAACCGGUUGGAGAAACAUUGCAUUACAUCUAUUUAUUUACUUGAGGCACUAAUUCACAGGGACUUUCAGUUAUUCAAAUGUAUCACAUUAGCUGCAUAUAUAAAAAUCAACACGGAAUCACAUCACAAUAAAACAAACCUAAUAGAUAUGCGUUUGUCUAAUUCCAAAGUAGUAUAGAUAUAUAUACAAUACAGUAAUGUUAAUUACUUGUAUCAGAACCAGAAAUAUUACACAAUAAUUUAAUUUAAUUUGUUGUUUAUUUAGUUUGUUCAUACUGAAGAAUACCUUCUAAAAAGGUAGACGUUUAUUCAAAUGGGUGUGUCUGUAGAUGUUCUAUAGUAACAAAGUAUUAAUCUGCAAUUAUAAUGGUUAAUAAAUAUUGAUUAUGUAA